AUGUCCCGCCGAUACCCCGACAAGAAGUACUACGACAACGACCGCGGUCUACCACCAAGACCGCCACGUUCACAAAGAGACCAAAGGGAUGACGACAACCGUAGGGAGCGUGAUUGCCCGCCAGCGAGAGAGUACUCGAGUUCAAACUACACCUCAUCUUCGAGAAACCCACCAGGCCGACGCAACCCUCCACCAAGAUCAGACUAUGGCGGAUCGAGAAAUGACCGUCAACGAUCCAGAUCACCACCACCCUACCCGCGAAGAAGAAACAACCAGAUUAUCAACAAUCACCAGCCAGGCGGCUUAAGGUCUGGUCGGUUAUCCCCACCACCAAGAGAAAGACAAAACGACAGGUCCACAUCUGGCAGGAACUCCCCAGCUCCAAGUACGACCAGUGGCAAUCGGACUCCUGCACCGGCAAGGACAGCGCAGCCAUCUCGAGCUCCUUCAAGGGCUCCUUCUCGCGCUCCAUCACCAGUUCGAGCUCCGCACCCUCCCAUUAGAGCUCCAGCUCCAGCACCAGCCCCUCGCCCAGCGCCAGCUCCCGCGCAAGCCACCAAACCCAAAGGAUUUUCAGCCCCAAAGACCAAGAAUCCCCGAAACACAUUCCAUUUUCUUGAGCUCUCGCUCGUCCAAGACGCCAUCAUCCACGACUCGCACAUCCUACAAGAUCUCGGACAAUGCGUGGAUGAAUGUGAGCGAGAAGAUCCCAACACGCCAUGGGAGGAGCAGGAAAAGGGGAAGGAGUUCCUCAAGUGGUUUGAGGAGUAUAGAAGUUCGGUGACGACUUUGAGGCCGGUUGUUCCGGGGAUGCGCGACCACGCCCUACUAGCAAUGAAAGACAUGAUCCAGAAGAAAUUAACGAGGAGGAAGUUGUUUACCGAGCUGUACCCACUACCACCGGCAGAUAAAGGCGUCGACGACAACCAAGACUCCAAAACCAAAUCCAACUCGCAAAAUCCAGAACCUGCCAAACCCACCAUCGACAUCUCCACAGACGUCAUCUGCCUCCUCCGCCCACCCCCCUCCUCCUCCAAACGCUCGCAGUACAUCACCUUUGCACCCUACCACCUCUCUUCUUCUUCCUCCCCCACAUACCAUCCAUCCAACAUCCUCCUCACCACCUCCCCCGCCCUGACCAACCUCUCCGGCACCCACCCCUUUUCCCUCUCCUCCGCCCUUCCCGUCCUUUCCGGUUUGAAACGCGUCGCCUUCCUCUGGGACUCCGCCUCCCCCCCUAAUCCCAACGGAGGGCCCGGUCCAUUACCCGCCGACCUGGCCUUUCUUUACCCCGAUAACUUACCCAGUCUCGAAACGAUCUAUAUCCUCCAUCCGGAGAUUCGUCCAAGAAGCGAAUGGUUCUGGGUGAGUCCCGAGUGUGAGACGUUUAGAGGGGGGGAGGGGAUGGGCAGUGAGGCGUUGUUUGUGGAGGUGAGGGAGGGGGAUGUUGAGGUUGAGGGGACAGGAACGAGGACGGGGAUGGGAAAUAAGGGGAAUUCGAAGGGAGGAAGUAUGUGGGAGGUUUUGGGGGAGGAAAACAAUGGGGGUGGGAAGAGGGAUGUCUGGGGGAGGGGGGGCAGGGAAGAGGAGGAGGAGGUUAAAGUUAGUGAGGGGGUGAGAGAUGCGUUGAGGGAGGUCAAGGCUUUGGAGGGGUUGUAUGAUGCUGAGGGGGCAAAGGGGAAGCGAAGGAGGGUGAAAGUGAAGUUGAUGGGGUGUAUUCCUAUUAGGACUUGA